AUGAUGGAACCGGAGGCCAGAAGAGAAGAAAAGCCCACCUAUAGAAAGCCAUAUCCAGCCUAUAUUGAUCAGAUACCUCUAUCCUUGGGCUUUAAGGUACCGAACUUCACCUUGUUCAAUGGCGAGGACACCCAUGCUUCAUCAGUUGAGCAUAUAGGCAGAUUCUCUGUCCAAUGCAUAAUAGAGAAUAACCCUAUGUUAAAACUAAGGCUUUUUGGAAAUUCUCUCUCUGGACAAGCCUUCACCUGGUAUACUAGCUUACUAGCCAAUUAUGUUCAAACUUGGGAACAUAUGGAAAAUGUCUUCCAUGACUACUAUUUCAGAAUUCAGCCAGAAGUCACCAUCAGUGAUCUUGCUGCCCUCAAACAGAGUGAAGAUGAGCGUGCCCAAAACUUCGUAACCAGGUUCAGAAAGCUCAAAAUGAAAUGCCGGAUCCCUAUGGAAGAAAGGCACUUCAUUCAAAUGGCUCAAACCGCCCUUAAAAACUCUCUAAGGAAGAGAUUUGAUGAGAUGCUGUUUGGAGACCUGGUAGAACUGGCAAACAAAGCAUCUAAGUAUGAGGAGCUUCUCAGGGAAGAACAACAGAGAAGGAACUCCUCAAAAGGCACAUAUUACAAAACCCUAUCUUCUUCAAUGCAUCUAGUUGAGGUAGAAUCAGAAGAAGGCACAGAAAGCUCGGAGGAAAGAGAAGUUGCAGUGGUAGAAAUGGUGAAACUAAAACAUCCCAUUAGCUGCAAGGCUUUGACAAAGCCACCAAAGGACCAGAAGCUACCACCAUUUACAGGAGGGUUUGUUCUAAACAAACCAGCACAUAACAAAAAGAGAGGCAAACUAACAGCAAAAGCUAGCCCCAGCAUAGGCAGAAGAGCCACGAGAAAGGCUACUCAGAGGCCAAAGACAACCAUUUUGACUGGGGUAGUUAUGUGCAGCAAAUGCAAAUGUGAAAGUGAGUUGGAGGUAACUCUAGAUAGGCAAAGCCAGCCCACAGCUAGUGUUUUCGAUAGGAUUGGAACAUCAUACCAACAUGGCCCAAUUCUGGCUCCACCUAGAGACAUAGUCGGGCCGAAGGACUAUCUAAGGCCUGCCCAAUGCAAUAGAAGAAUAACAGAGCAUCCAAAGAAGGAAAAACCAGUUAAGAUGCCCAGAAAUGACAAGCCCUUGGCAACUAUCAUAGAAGGCAGAUGA